AUGGUACUGGGGACUGUUGCUCUGCGUCGUGCUUGUCCGAAGAACGAUGUAGUACUGGCGCGCUCCCACUUACUCAACGGAGAGCCUUACGGAAUGCAAAGACAAAUCAAUCCUUACCCUGGCGUCGUCCAAGCUCCUGUCGCCCCUUGGAGCACAGGCUACGACAUUUAUCGCCAUUUUGUACAGUUUUGUCAGUCUCCAUAUGUCAUCUCUCAUGCCGUUCGACGACUCUCAGGCAGUGUUCUCGUCAUCUUCGAUUACGAUUGGUCGCUGGUCAACGAAAACUCUGACACUUUCAUCUUCCAGAAGCUAUACCCUGAGCUUCUUUUGACUUUGCGUGGACGACUCGCAAAGCAGCCAUCGUGGACGAAGAUCAUGGAUGACAUGCUGGGAGAUCUGGCUGAAGACAAGCCCGAUACUUCUUCCGAUAUGAUUGUGGCGGCAGCCGCCUGCGUUCCCAUUCAACCGCACAUGCUUGAUGCUCUACGCCUCGCGGCACAGCAAUAUAACGCAGACGUCAAGAUUGUCAGCGAUGCCAAUUCCGUUUACAUCGAGUCUAUGAUACAACACUACGGUCUCACGCAGGAAGUGAGCGAGGUCAUUACAAACCCUGCUUCAUUUGAAUCGCUGGAUAAUGGACGCAAUCGACUUCGCGUUCGUCCGUAUUACGAAAUCAAUACUGAACCCCACGGUUGUAAAUGGUGUCCUACAAACAUGUGCAAAGGUCGCAUCGUCGACACCCUCCGCAGUGCUCACCCCUAUGCGUCUGUUCUCUGUGUCGGAGAUGGUUCAGGCGAUUUCUGCGCUGCAACGCGUCUAACGAAGAAUGACGUCGUGUUUGCCCGCGCGGAUGAAGCCGGUGGAAAAUCAUACGGGCUGCAGAAGCGAAUUGACAGCAACCCUACGCUGGUUAAAGCGUCUGUGGUGCCCUGGAGCACGGGUGAUGACAUCUACCGCCAUUUUGCGCAAUUCUUCCAUGCUUCACUCAGUCAAGGCUAG